AUGGUCUCACUGAGCAAAGUGCCCCGUGCAAACAACAACUUCACACAAGUAAACAGCUCACCUGAUAUGCUGUUAAAGGUCUUUACACCUGUUAUUAAUGAUGAUUUUGAUGAUGAAACCUGCCUGUUCCAGUGCUCCUGUCCAGGCCUGUACCAGUGCAGUGUGACUGGCCUGGUGUUUGUUAUGCAGGGAGGAGGAGACGUGGUUUACAGGACUGUCCCUUGGAACAGGAAGCUGCUGGCCCAACACCACAAGAAGCCUGCAGGACCCCUGUUUGACAUCAAAUGUCAGCAGCAGUCUGUGUGUCAGCUUCAUCUCCCACACUGUGAGCUCAUCUCCACAGGUGGAGGUCGGUCCUUGCAGGUCGCUCAUGUGAACGAUGAGGGCAUCGAGUUUAUUACCCCUCACAGGAUAACAGAAAGUCAUGUUGUUAUAAACAUCACAGGGUUUUCUGGCUAUGGUAAUGUGAAGGAUGAAGACUCUCCUCCUGACCCAGUCCAAGCUUUGGUUCUGCUCUUCUACAAACCUCCAGUUGAUCCUGAUCUCAGAUCUUUCCUCAGUGUGUUGUUGCUUCCAAGGAACAUCGUGAUCCGUGAUGUACAGCGCACCAGGAGGAAACUAAAUGGGGAUGAGAGGUACAUAGACACUUCUCCUCACUGCAAACUGCAUCCAAAGCAGGUUUACACUCUGUCCACUGUUCCUGAGGAUGACCUGAUUAAAGUUCAACCAAAAGAAGCUGAUUUUGAUGAUGAGUACCACGACAGCUACUUUACGUCAUUCCAGGUGAUUUUAAGAAGAAUCCUCACAGAUGUUAACCUCAGUCUGAAAGAUGAGAGCAGCUCCACCUGUGUUUGGGAAAGAGAUGUGUGUCUUUUCUCCCCUACAGUGGGAACUUUGAAUCGUCCUCCUUCUCAGAGGCUGUUCUACACACGAAGCUGCUUCAUUGAAGGGAUAUCAGGACCUGUUCUCAGCAGCCUGAUCGACAAACUGCUGGAGAAAACAGUGAUAACUGAUGCAGAGAGGGAGGAAGCAGACACAAUGAAAAACAAAAGGGAAAAAGCACGUUUUGUUAUUGAUACUGUGAGGAGUAAAGGUGAUGCUGCCAGUUCAGAGUUGAUUAACUUUCUCCGUGAGAAUGAUCACAUCCUCUGUGAGCACCUCAGGUUAAACUGA